AUGUCAAACGAGCUGGAAAUUCAUGGGAAUGCAAGCAAUCCGAUCGAAACAGUAGGUAUAGAGGACGAGUGGAAGGAUGGAGACAAGAAAAAGUCAAUCAUCUCCUUAAAAUACGGUGAUGACGAGUCUCAACUAUCAACAGGAGACAUCUGCAGAAUUUGUCACAUGGGUGGUUUCCCAGCGGUUGCAGUAUCACGUCCCUUGUGGGAGUGGCCGAAGCAACAGCAGCCCCACAGAAAUGAUAGCCAGACAUCCACUCUUUCCUCAUACGCUUAUCUCGGACCCUUGAUAUCAGCCUGCAAGUGUCGUGGUACAGUUGCACUUGUUCAUGUCGAGUGUCUGGAGAGGUGGCUUACCGAGUCUGGUCAUGUCAGAUGCGAGCUCUGCGGCUACAAGUACCUCACCAAGAAAGUACCGAGACAUGGGGUGUGCAAGAGCGCAUGGAUCUGGUUCAAUACUGUCAUUGCGACACGACAGGUCCUCUUUGAUUUCCUCUACCUUCUGGUGACGACUCCUCUAGCCUUAUUCUCAAUCUACAUAUGUGCCCUCGCUCUCCGUCUAAUCGUCGACAGUGGCUUUAAUGAAAUUCCCUGGAUGAUUGUCGCAAUGCUUCCCACCUGUUCUUUAACCCUAAUAGCGUACUGGAGUUGGUUGGUAACAUUAGGCAGGUACAUUAACAGGCUCCAUGGGAGACGUUGGCACAGAUUUUGGAGGGAUAACUUCGUAGUGAGACUUCUGCCAGACAAUUGGACUAACAGAAACGACACUAACGUUUUUCUUCAGGAUAAUGAACUCGAUGAUUUCCUACAAAUGAAUUUCUAA